AUGCCAAAGAAAACAGCCGAUGAUGACCAGAAAUAUAAGCAAGUGGUGGAUAACAUCGUAACCAAAUACCUAAACGAGAACUUCGACUGGGAAGAUAAAGACUUUGAUCUGUUAACGACAAUGAGAUAUGAUCCAUCCUUAUACCGAGGAAACUUGGCAUUGAUAGAUGCAAUAUUUGAAGAGCCGGUGGAUCCUUCGUUCUUUUAUUUGAUAGAUAAUCAUGUGAGAAGAAUCAAUCUAGGAAUAAGAUUUUUUGGCUUUAAAGAUGUUGGUGUGAUGACCAGAGACAUUCUACUCAAGCAUAUAACUGAGGCCAUGAAGCAGAGCGAUAUGGACAAACUUUCACCUUGCAAAGUUCGAGUUUUGGUUGACAAGACUGGAGAGGUCAAAUUAGAUUUCCGUGGGCCCGUUGAUUUCCCCUUAAAUCUAAAUUUUAAUACCCCAGUCACAUUUACCGCUUACUUGGAUAAGGAACCGACAUUUGUUAAUCCGUUCACAUCGUUCAAGACCACCAACAGAACAGCAUAUGAAACGGCAAAGGAAAGAACAUUGUCUGGAAUCACCUCUAAGACUCCAAACUUGGAUGUUAUCUUAUACAAUACUGCGGGAAAUGUUACUGAGAGCACUUUCUGUAAUGUUGCUUUUCAAAGGGAUGUGAAGAACACAGUAACGGGACAGCACUCCAUCAGAUGGGUGACACCACCUCUAGUUUCUGGAUGUAUUGAAGGUACAAUGAGGAAAAACUUGAUGGACAGCCAGCUUCUGUAUGAGCAAGCAAUUCCAAUCAAAUCUAUAGUGGAUGGUGAGGAAAUUUUGCUUUUCAAUGCAGUCAGAGGGAUUUUAAGAGCCAAGCUCUUGCUACUAUCUAAAUAG